CUGGUCGAUUGAUGGGUUUGUUGAAGAGAGUUUUAAUCUUGUAAGUAAAACUAGAUUACAGGUAUCACGUUAUAUUAUAUUUAUAUAAAUUUUUAUUCAUUUUUUUAUACACAAUAUUAAAUUAUUUGAAUCAUAAUAUAUACGAGAAUUGUUUUAGAAUUAUUUUAGAAAGUUGAAAUCAUAAAAAUUUAGUUCAAUUUUUAUAUAAAUAAGUCAAAUUUUUGUUUCGUCUUCAAAAUUUCACCUUUUUAUAUUUCGAUUGAUAACAUUGUUGGUGAAAGUAUACAAUUUGUUUCACGAUAACGUGGUGUUAGAAUUAUGUUGUUCUAUUAUGCUUACCUACCUCGAAUCCUAGAAAAUGAGCGAAGUCUCGAUGCGCUUGGCAAGAUUAUAUUACGAUACACUUCGUUUCACAGAUGGUCUACUUUUGAGAGCGGUUGUGCAACGUUUAAUGGAUGGAUUGCGUGCCACCAACAAUUGGUGCUUUCUUUUGAUUCGCAUUCUUCAAAGAAUAAUUUCUCAUGAUGUUCGCUUCGUGGACCUUUAACAUUCAUUUCAUUGCACGAAAAUAGAUGUUUGCUUACUAUGAAGAAACUCGAAACAAGAUAAAGCAUUUUUAAGAAACAGUGAAUAAUUACAUUCGAAUCUAUUGUUACAUCGUCGUAUUAAAUGAUUAUAAAUCAUUUUUUCACGGAUUGAUCAAAUUCAAGAAGAUUGUUAUAAUUCAAAAAACGAUGUAGCAACAUUGACAAACCAUACUUAACGCGGGUGAAACUAUCCAAAGUGUUCAUUCUUCGACAGGCCAUUGUUCUAUUUAUCGGUACAAAUGCGAUCUUGCAAUUUCCUGCGAGCGAAUCUCGUCUCAUGAUUGUUUUUCUACAUGAUAUAGCAGGAUUGGUUUUGAAAUCGAAUUUAAAAUCCUGAAAAUAUUAUUGAAGUGAGUAUUUUGUUUAAAUUUCGCUCAAAUAAUUAAAUACAAGUAAAAAAAAUUCGAUAUUGGAUAUUUUUAAAACUACAAUAUCGAAAAAUAUAAAAUAUUUCAUUUGCAAUUUUGAUAAAAUUUAUUCAUGAUAAUUACUUGUAAGAAGAUUUAUACACAAUAAAUUAUGAGUUAUAUAUAAAUAUCAAAAGUAAUUAUUCAUAGAUAUAAUUCAUUUUGUUGAAUUAGAACAUUGUAUUUAUAAUAAAAUAAUUAUUUUUUUAAAUAUUUCAUCAAACAUCUAUUGUUCACAGCAAGUACCGCUAGAUUCAUCGUAGCACAUUUACUAUGUGUGUAUCUAUAGUUACUAGUAGUAAAUACCAACCAGUUGGAUGUUACUAUUUUACGAUUAUGAACUACAUCGACUAGUCGGUCAGUUGAUAAAUUUAUUGUUUUCGAUGCUUAAUCACUGUAACAUGACCGAUAUUUUGGAUUUUAAAUGAAAAUAAAAAUAUUUCUUCAUUAUUAUACAAUUUGAAAAUAUUUAAUAUUUUCAUUUAUAAUUUUAUUAUAAACAAAUAUAAAUAUAUAUUUUUCACGAAAUUUCUUAAAUAAUUUUAAUUCAUAUUUUAAAAAUAUAUAUAUUAAUUUAAAGAAAAUUUAUUUAAAGAAAUAACGAGAGAACGCUUAAAUAAAAUAUAUACAUCGUUAUUUAUAUCUAUCUUUUAAUCUUUGAGUUUACUCUGGGAAAGAUCUGGACUACUUCAAAAUUAGAUCUUAUCUACAACAGAAUUUCAUCAUACAUUUCAUUAUGUAGUUGAUUAAAAAGUGAAGAAAUGAAUAAAUGUUUAAUAAAUAGCGAAAUAAAAGGUGAAUGUGGCAUCUCGAGCAUUCCCCGCUUCAAGGAAAUCGUCGAAAGUAUAACAGUAGGUUUCUCAGACCGCGUCUAAGCAUCUCUCCACCUGGAUGAAGAAGAUUAGUUGGCGUGCUAUUCCUCGAGUGUUUCGUUGCAAGUUCCGACAAACAAUCUCGGGGUCACUGAGUUUCAGCAGAACGGUGAACACGGGUCAUCAAAUGUAGUAUAUACCAUGGUAAGAAGGAGUAGGUUUCCUUUUUAGGUCCCUCGUGGAGGGAAUUGAUGGAUCAGUAUUCGUUUGAUUCUCCUGACGAAGAAACAACAAGAACUUCGGCUCCUAUCUUUUGGAGAAAAACGUAUAUUGUGCGAUACCAGUUGUUAAAGUUACUUGUGUGAAUCAAGUUUCAACUAUAUUAAAGAAAAUAAUGCUUGAGACAAAAGAUAGUGAAAUUCAAAUAUUUUAAAAUAUUUUGUGGGAUAUAAAUAUUUCUAAAUAUUUAUGAAAAAGAUUCAUUUAGAUUGAUUAUUAAUGGAUUGGAUUUAUAAGGUAGAAAUAUAAAAAUUGAAAAUUUAUCAAUGAAUUUUAAAUGAAAUUUGAAAACUUUUAAAAAAUUUCAAGAAUACUUGAAUUCUAUAAAAGAAAAAGAAAUUUUAUAGUAAAAUUUAAAAAGAUUUUAUUUUGUAAUAAUAAAAGAAAGUCAAGAAAUUAUCUUUAUCAAGUGAUUUUCCAUGUUUGGUGAAUUUUAAUAAUGUAUCCUUCAAUUGGAUUGGCAAUGUGUAACAGAUAAUGCAUUCACGAAUGAAACGCUACGAUUCUUCGGCAUCGGAACUCAAAAAUCAUAACAUGUUGAAUGAAUUCAAAAUUCUUAGCUGACAGUUCGUUUUCGUGAAAAUAUAUACUCGAUGAAUUGUAAAAGAGUCAUCCUUGUGUUCAUUUUUCAUGGUUUCGAUAAGCCAUGGAUGAUACAUCAUCGAAGAAUUUUCCUCAUCUUUCUAUCCCUUGUGAUAUUCGUAACACAUGUCCCUUGUUACGAAAGUCGUGCCAGGAAUACUCCAAAUACUCAGAAAUUAAUUAGAAAUAGAGAAAUAUAUAAGUUGUAUGAAAAUAAACCAUCAUCCAAUUAUAUAGAAAACAAUUGGGGGAAAAAAACUCUUCAAUUUGAACAAAAUGAUGAAAGAUGGGAUUCAAUAUCUAUGCAAAAGGAAAAUACUUAUAUACAUGAAUUUCCAUCUGUUAAUUUUACAUACAAUAAUACAAGAAAUAAUCGAAUAUUAAUGUAUAAUGAACAAAGUUUAACACAUAAAAGAUUUAAAAGAGGUGUUAUACAUUUAUAUAACAUGGUAGUAUGCGCCACUGGAUGUAAUCCUUUAGCUUAUAAAGGAUAUGGAUGCUAUUGCGGUUUUUUGGGCUCAGGAUAUGUAAUAGAUGGAAUAGAUAGAUGUUGUAAAAUGCACGAUUGGUGUUAUGACGCUACAGAAUGUCCAGUAUUUUCAGGAUACUUUAUACCAUAUUAUUGGAGAUGUUAUCGUGGUCACAAACCAGUAUGCGCUGUUGAACAUGGAAGCUGGGGAGGCUCUGGAUCAUGUGCUCAACGAUUGUGUGAAUGUGAUCGUUCAUUCGCCGAGUGUUUAAAACGUUAUCCUUGUCCAACAACCAAAGCUGUAUGUACUUCUUCACCUUGGAGACUUGUGCAAAAUCUUUUUAUGAUUAUGUAAUUAUUGGCAUAAAAUUAUGAAACGGUACUUAAUUAUUAAUAUUGUGUUCAUACCAAAGAUAAGAAACAUAUUUCAGUAAGUACUGUAAUAUUUAUUACAAAACGUACAAAUAUUUUUAUGAAAUUAUAAAAUCAACAAAAUAAUAUAUAUCGAAAUAAUUUUUUAGUUCUCAUUUUUAUUAUUUUUCAAAGGACUAAGCAUCAAUAAGAUAUUAGAAAAUAUAAUAAUUUCUUCACAUAUCAUUAAAUAAUAUUAUUCAUUCUUUUUAUUUUGUAAUAAAAUCUUAUUUACAAUAGACA